GGAUCUUUAUUUUGAUUCCGAAGCAAUGAAAGGUAAAAUUGACAUCGGCAGGAUUUGAACUCACAACAUAAAAACCCACAAGAAAUACUGCCUGGCGUAAAUAGUUGUUAAUUUUGGUACAACCCUAAGAUUUCGUUUCGGUAUUUCAAGCAAACCAUUACAUGUUUUAUAUAUUCCCCGUUUACACAAUUUUUGUCAUGGUUCUUUUUAGGGUCAGAUAUUCUUUGAUCUCGUCUAAAAUUAUCGACUUUUCUCGAUGAAUUUCUACUUUUGUAUCAAAACUGCUGGGGGGAAAGACUCUACGGAGGAUAAGGAGUGAUAUUAAAUGAUUAUCAGAUGACAUCUGCUUCACAGGAUUUUUACAUAAGCAACGUCAUUAGAAUGGAAAGUCUUUUGAAGACUGAGCAAAGAUGUUAUACAAAACACGUAUAACCCUGUUUCUAUAAAUAUUUAUUGAAUUACUGCAAAAUAUAUCUGCUGAACUCUGACAUAUGUUAUGAAAUUUCUCUUCUUUAUUGUCUGGAAUACACAGAAAAUUAUAUUUGCAUCUUAAUUAAUCAUUUAGCAUUUAAACUAGCACAAAUAUUCUGGCAAUUUUAUGUUAAAACUGCCCACAUCUGGCCUCUCACACUCACCCUGCAGUGUCAAUUUAAACAUAAACAAUCAAAUCACUGAAGUCUCAAAGCUAUGAGAUAAUCCAUGAUUAAUUCAAAACAAUAUGAAUAAAUAAGCAUUACAUUUCACAAAGGAAUCUCAAUGCUAAACGGUUAAACUGGCCAUAUUUUUGUGUGUUUUAUAUUCAUACUAGCCAGAUCCCACCCCUCACACCCACCCUACAAGGUCAUUCUAAAAAUAAACAAUCACAACAUUGAAAUCUGAACGUGAUAACAUAAUGAAUGAUUAAUUCAGAAGAAUUUCAAUAAACAUUCUAUUUGACAGAGUAAUCUGAAUGUUAAUGAGUUAAAGCAAUUAAGAAGGCAGUUUGCAGCAUCUUCAGAUAUUAACAAAGAACACUUUUGAUGGAGAUAUAUCAGUAGAAAUAUUUGUUCAGAGCAAUAUACGAGAAGAAGGAAAACCUUUGUGUACUGUGACGAGAGAAAGGAAAAUUAUGGAAAAUAAAUUAUAUUGGAGUGAAGUUGAAAGUAAAAGAGAGUCUGAAGAAAUUGAUUUUUCUGAUGAGGAACAGAACGAAAAGGGCAAAACAUCAUUUGAUUGUGAUAUCUGUGGCAAGUCAUUCUCUCAGAAAGAUAAGUUAGUCAUUCUCGAAUGUACUCAUACAGGAGAAAAACCAUAUCACUGUGAAAUCUGUGGUAAGUCUUUCUCUCAAAACGAAAACUUAACUAGGCACAAGAGUGGUGUUCACACAGGAGAAAAACCAUAUCACUGUGAAAUCUGUGACAAAUCUUUCUCUCGAAACGAUCACUUAACCGUUCACAAGCAUGUUCAUACAGGAGGAAAACCAUAUCAGUGUGAAAUCUGUGGUAAAUCUUUCUCUCGAAACAAUAACUUAACCAAGCACAAGCGUGUUCAUACAGGAGAAAAACCAUAUCACUGUGAAAUCUGUGGUAAAUCUUUCUCUCGAAACGAUCACUUAACCAAGCACAAGCAUGUUCAUACAGGAGAAAAACCAUAUCACUGUGAUAAAUCCUUCUCUCGAAGUGAUAGCUUGACUAAGCACAUACGCAUCCAUACAGGUGAGAAGCCAUACUACUGUGAUAUCUGUGGUAAAUCCUUUUCUCAAAAAGAUACCUUAACUAGGCACAAGAUUAGUGUUCAUACAGGAGAAAAACCAUAUCACUGUGAAAUCUGUGACAAUUCUUUCUCUCGAAAUGAUUGCUUAACCAGGCACAGGCAUGUUCAUACAGGAGAAAGUUGCGACACAGUCUCUAAAGUGGUGGGCGUUAAGAAGAGUGUCCAGCUGUAG